AUGUCUCGAAUUGUCACUGCUUUUAAUAGAACGGUUGUGGAAUAUUUUCGAAAAACAAGUCUCAAUGGUUUCGGCCUGCUUUACUUUAUACGAAAACGUCGAAUUCAGCGAAUCUUCUGGUUUUUGUUUAUUAGCUUUGGCAUACUUUUUGCUGGUUAUGCAGUGUUUGAAAUGAUUCUGGAAUUUCUCAGCUAUUCAACUAUUGUGGAUCUUUCGGAAUUAAGGGUUUUGGAAGAGGAAAUGAGUUUUCCUGAGCUAAAAAUAUGUAGUGGCUAUAGAUUUAGUCGCAGGAAAAUGCUAAGUUAUGCUAGUGAUUUAAAAAGUUCUUAUAAUAAAUCGAUGGAUUAUUGGUUCGAGAAAUUGUCAUUGCUUUCGGCUUAUUUUGAUCUUUUAUCUGUAAAAUCAGAGGAGGUUAAGGAUAUAAAUACCUUACUGAAUAUAAGUAAUAUUACUUCAAUUUUACUAAGUUUAACUCCCGCCUGUGAAACUCUAAUACUAAAAUGUGAAAUUAAUCAUAUAAAAGUGAAUUGUUCAGAAUUAUUUAUAUUAAAAGCUUAUAGCGAAGGUAAUUGUUGUGUUUUAAACAGGAAAAAUCUCACAGGAGAACUCUCGCUUUUCCUCGACUCCUCACAAGAAGAUGCACAUCCUUUAAAGGAUAAUUUCCCAGGGUUUAGCGUCCAUGCUCCAAGUUGGCUGGGUAGAAUUAGCAUUAACCCUGGUGAAAAAGCAGCUGUGGAAAUAGAAGUUAUGGAACUUCAGGGAAAUUCAAAAUUAAAAGAGUAUGCCAUAGAAAAGCGAGGUUGUUAUUUUCCUCAAGAGGGCGAAAGUAGGGAAAAGUGCCUUCACGGUUGUAGAACAAAAGCCACGCUAAUUAAUUGCCAGUGUGUGCCAUAUCCAUUUGAGUUAAGCAAGGAGAACUUUAAGCAUUGCACUUUGGAGAAUAUAACUUGUUUGCAGUUGGUAGAGGAAAACUGGUCACCAGCUCAGUGUCGCCAGUGUCUGCCUCUCUGCAAUCAAUUGUUUUAUAGAUUAAACAAACAUAUCCUGGGACAUUUGCAUCCUUGGCGCAGUGAAUUGAAUUUUAAAUUUAAAACAUCACGACGCCAGUUGUACAAAACAAAUAUACUCUACCAUUGGUAUCAGAUGUUGUCAAACAUUGGCGGCGUUCUGGGCAUUUGCAUUGGCUGCUCUUUCAUCAGCGGCUUCGAGUUGAUCUACUUUAUGGUCUUUCGCUUCUGGUCCAACUAUCUUCGGCAGCAGCCAGAGAUUUAA